AUGCCCAACUACAACAUAGAGCACAUGGAUCUUCACGAUCGCCCGGUAGAUGGCCACGGACGAAAAGUAAUCGAGGCCGACGUAUCCUUGAAAGUCCACAAUGACUACCCAGUGUCCUUCCGAGUCCCGACUCUUGGGUUUGAAGUUUUGGUGCCCAACUGCGACUCAUCACUGCCCUCCAUCAGUGUUGCAGAUGCUAUCAUGGAGCCAAUUGAUGUGAAAGCUAAGGCAGAUAUUCAGGCCGACGCCAAAGGCAUCAUUCGCGACAUUCCAGAAUCUUUGACGAAAGCGUGCCCUCACUCUGAAUCAUCCCCUCUCGAUCAUUUCAUGGAUCGUUACCUGCAUGGCGAGGAUGCCAAGGUGUUUGUGAGAGGGAAGAAGACAAACAACACCGAUACCCCCGAAUGGAUCUCGGAUAUCCUGGAGAGUAUUACAGUGCUGGUCGAUUUUCCAGGACGAUCAUUCGAUAGUUUAAUCCGCAACUUUUCCCUGACGGAUGUCGACUUUAAACUACCCGACCCAUUCGCCGAUGUCAAUGAUCCCGAGGGUGAGCCCCGAGUAUCUGGCACCGCACAAGUACUCGCAGCUGUUCCCCCUGAGCUGAAUGUGGAAUUGGGGGUGGACAAGCUCCGCUCCAACGCUGAUCUGUUUUACAAGAAGCGUAAAAUGGGCGAGUUGAACCUGCGCCACUGGCAGAGUGCCAACUCAACAAAGGUCCAUGAUAAAGAAAACGGCGAAACUCUUCUCAACAUCACAUCACGACUAGUCGACGUGCCCUUGACAAUCACCGAUGGUGACGUGUUCAGCGAGGUCAUGCAGAAGCUGCUGUUCGGAGGCGGCGAUAUCACACUCGACAUCAAGGCCGAAGUCGACGUAAAGCUGAAAACCGUCCUCGGUAUUCUGACGGUGAAAAAGGUUCCCGCAGAGGGCAAGAUUCCAGUAAACGGAUUCCCGGGAAACGCACUUGGUAAACUCAAACCUCAAGUCGGCGAGAUCGAAGUUAUGGAAACUACGGAGACGGGAAUCCAAAUGAGAGCUCUCGUCAACCUCACAAACCCUACACCGUACGCAGCUGUUGUACCUUACCUCAGCGUACAUAUUCUUCAUGAUGGGGAACUUCUCGGUGAAGCCAUAUCAAGAAAUGUCACAUUUGACCUCGGCAAGAACACCAACCUUCCUGUUCUUGCGACUUGGGACCCUUUACGAUUUGGCGGCGAAAAGGCACAAGCAAUUGGCCGCAAGCUACUGUCAGACUAUGUGUCGGGCAAGAAUACGACACUGACGGCACGUACCCACAAACGGAGUGUCCCCAAUGUCCCUAUAAUCGGCGAGGCUUUGUCCAAGAUCAACAUCACUCUGCCUACGCCGCGAAUAACUGUCCCCGGCGAAGACGAGCACGAAGGCGAGAAGCCACACUUUAUCGCAGAUGCUACCUUUCAUCUCUUUUCCUCGACAGCUACUUUUACACUUCUUUCUCCGUUGCUAUACAACACUCUAUACAUAGAACACAUAAACGCAACUGCUCUUUACAACCACACUGAGCCAGUCGGCCAGAUUAUCCACGAUGAACCUUUCCCAGCAACACCUGGGCGAUCCCAGACCCCACGCUUGCCAGUCAUAUGGUCUGCCAGCAGCGUGGGCUAUGGCAAGCUGAAAGAAGCACUGGGCGGGUCGCUCAAGCUUGAUGCCGUAGCCAAUGUCACUGUGAGAUUGGGCAGCUGGACUGAGAAAAUCCAUUAUACAGGCAAGGGCAUCGGGGCAAAGGUCAGCCUAUAG